UUGAGCAGUUGCAACAAGAGGCAAUGCAAGUGUGGAAAGAAAAACAAAAAACAGCGAAGAACAACGCAUAAGGCAGUGAUCAUAAGUGAAGUGUUAUAGUUAUUAUCAAAAUGGCUUACACACUGUUCGUUAUAGAAAUAAUAUCGGCGUUCGUCCUAGCAGCCACUCUUUUGUACCGAUAUGGGGACUGUUAUAGAAAUCACAUAUUGGUUACCAUGUCUGUGCUUACAGCAUGGUACUUCUCCUUUGUUAUUAUGUUUAUAUUGCCAUUGGAUAUAUCUUCCACAGUGUAUCGGCAGUGCUUAGAUAGUGCACAAGCAGCACUUACCACAACAUCAUUACAAAGUAAUGUUAGCAAUAUAACAAGCACUGAAGCUCCACCUGAAAAUCAUUGUCAAAAACCAUGGAGUUUUGUGCCAGAUGCAGUGUUUCCAAACUUGUGGAGGGUGGUAUACUGGACCUCACAAUGUUUGACUUGGCUCAUCAUGCCAAUGAUGCAAUCAUACAGCAAAGCAGGUGAUUUCACUGUAAAGGGGAAGCUAAAGUCAGCUCUAGUCGAUAACGCCAUUUACUAUGGCUCAUACUUAUUCAUUUGUGGUAUACUCCUAAUAUACAUAGCACUGAAACCAGGAGUGUAUCUUGAUGGACCUAAGAUAAAGGCCAUUGCGUCAUCAGCGAGUAACACGUGGGGUUUAUUCCUAUUGAUCCUUCUUCUAGGGUAUUCUCUGGUUGAAGUACCAAGAAAUUUAUGGAAUAACUCCAAGAAAAAUUAUACUUUAACAUACAGCUACUUCAAAGUAGCCAAAUUAAGUACAGACAAGUGUGAAGCUGAGGAAACUGUAGAUGAAAUAAUAGAGACAUUAAACUCAGUCACUGCAGCCGUGGGUCCAGGCCACCCAUUGCAUAGGCACGUGGAAACUAUAGUGCAAAAGCUACCAAUACAGUUGCGAGAUAAGUUAAACUCACGUGCGCCACCGGAACGACCUACGGCACCGUCUUUCAAAAGUCUCGUAAACUUGCACAAGAAAACGAUCAAAGCGUUGCACGUGCUGCAACGUACGGAAACCCAGUGGGGUUUGAUGUUGGAACGCAUUUUCCACUUGGAAGACGCAGCGUCAAACUCGCGGUCGCCAGACAAGCGUUUUCAGCACACCUUCCACACUCCGCGACCGAGGCUGCAGCGGAUACUCUACCCGCCUAUUGUUGAAUGGUACUGGGAAUGCUUCAUCAAGCAAUACUUCCUAAAGACCAUGGCGGUGGUGACGUGUAUACUGUCGGUAGCCGUCGUGUGGUCCGAGCUCACAUUCUUCUGUAAGAAGCCCGUGCUGUCCAUCUUCGCUAACAUCAACAAUGCUGCAAAGGAUAGCUAUAACUAUGCUGCUAUUGUUUCUGUAUCAACCUUAGUAAUCGCGUACAUGUUUUACUGCGCGUAUUCAACGGUGCUCAAGAUCCGCCUGCUCAACCUGUACUACCUCGCGCCGCACCACCAAACCAACGAGUACAGUCUCAUAUUCUCCGGAAUGAUGGUCUGUCGCCUAACGCCUGCUAUGUGCCUUAACUUCCUCAGCCUCGUGCAUAUGGACUCCCACGUCAUUAAAGAAAGGGUCAGGGAGACCUUUUACACUCAGAUAAUGGGCCACAUGGAUGUUCUCGGUAUAAUCGCGGAGGGGUUCAACAUUUACUUCCCUAUGCUAGUGGUUAUAUUGUGCCUGGCCACAUACCUAUCUUUGGGCAGUCGGCUACUGUCGCUGUGCGGCUUCCAGCAGUUUGUGGGAGACGAUGAGCUCACCACAGACCUAGUGGACGAAGGCAGGGAAAUCAUGAAGCGAGAAAAACGCAAACGACAACGUGCCGAGGAAUCUUUGGCCCGGCGACGCGAUUACAACGAGCGUUUCUCAAACUACAGGUCUGAUAGAGACAAUCAGGAUGGAGCCCGCACCGGGCUCCUCAACGACGUCGACUCAGACUACUACGUCACUCCCAACACCGAUCAAUCUGGCUACAAGCAACCUGACCAGACCUACACCCGACCGGAGCUAAGCAUAGAAGACGAGCUAGACCAGCGGUUCGGGGAUAGCGCCCUGCCUUCAGUGAGAACAGAGUUCGAUGGCAGGAGACGAGAGAAAAUGACUAUGCCACCGAGAGGCCUUUUCGAUGAUAUAUAAACUACAUACUUGUACAGAUCCCACGAUCCAACUUGGCCGGUCUGAGGCUUUCGGAGACUUUCGCGAAUGUACAGAGUCAACAUUGAAUUUCUAGAACUAUAUUAGAACCACUCGUGUUGUUUCAGUCGGGCCAACUUAGAUCGUGCGUACGAUACUACUACGUUUCCAUCCGAUCCGUUAUAGUUAUAGGUACUCGUAAUUAGAUGAGUCGUCUAUUUCCGUGUGUAUAAGAAUAGAUUUAGGAUGCGCAUAUCCAAAAUCUUAGGUGAGCGACAAGUUUGUACAGAGACAUCCCCACCAAUUGCAAUUUUUAAUUUGGCAGUCUUUCGAGAGAGAGUGUGAUUGUUUACGAUUUGCAGUGUUAAAUAAGAUGGUUAACUCAUCGUUGGGUUCGCUUGCAGUGAUUUUCUGCGCUAAAAGUCUUGAUGUCCAAUUUUAUGAAGGUAUACUGACUUUGCUUAAUAAUGUUAACCCAAAUUUGUUAAGGCCGUUGUUAAGAAGACGUUAUAAUGUUCUUUAAAAAUCACGUAGUCUUAAUAAAUCAUCUAGCAUUUUGAUAUUAAUUAGAAAGACGUAUUAAACUGUCUCGGUCGCAGGGUCAUCAACACCUUUCCAUCUUGAUAAACUCAAGGUAAUACUUAUUAGGUUUUUAAAUAAAUAAAACAUUGCAAUAUAAUUAAAUAUAACAAAACAUAAAUGUACUUCUAAUAUUAAUAGUCUUAUAUUCAAUUCACGAAGUCUAUGAUAUUACGUUCUCAUUAGUUACAUAAUACUUAUAUUUAUUUUCAUAAAAAGACAUAUGAUGACAUAACAAACACAUUUUUAUCGUAUUACAUAUAAAUUAAUAAAGUUAAAAAAAAACCACGUCACUGUGUUAGCCUAGCCAUCUUUUAAUUAUAAGUAUACUCAGUAAUGCAUAGAUUAUGUUGCAAGCCAGAUUGUUGAUACUUUGAUGAACAAUAGUCGUUUAAAUAUUUUUAGCCAAAUUUUAUGGAACAAAUUAGAUAUCAUAGACGCGCCAGAUUUAGGCUUAUUAUUCCUGGGCUUCUGAUAUUCUCUAUGGUUUUGACACAUCUUCGUACAAGGACUAACGAUUUUUACGUCACAAACUUAUAAGAGUGAUAAGCUUAAAAAAACACCACCCUGCUUUAAAUUUGUCAUAAUUAAAGGAGCUCGAAUUAUUAUCUAUGAAUAUAAUAAUU